AUAAUUUAAUAUCGUUCAUUAUCUUAUUAAAGUUAUACUUUUAAACAUUGUUCAAUGAACGGAACUUUAGUGGAAUAAAGUGAAAUGAUUUGACCAAGAUUGUCUUUGAAUAAUUUGUAAUGUGGAUUGGAUGCUAGCUUAUGUAAACAAGCAAGGGGCAUAAACAAAUAAGCAGCUGGCGGUAAAAUUAUGGUUUCAAAGAACUAAAGAUGAUCAUCAUCGAUGACAUUAAUUCCCACCCUUUGUUAAUCAGGCAAGAUGAUACAAGUAAUGCCGAUGGCUCUGCUAGGAGAGUUAUGUCUUCUGGAGAUGUUAAGGAAAAGAGGUCAAAAUCCAAAGCUCUGGUUGAAUGGGUGCAGGAGCAACUUUGGGAUCGGCCCCACAGUCGCUGGAUAGAUUAUCUCAGUCUCAUUGUGUUGGUGCUACUGACAUGGCUGCUUUUGUACACACUCUUUGACUCUGAGGUUAGCCCCAGUGGAGACAUGUUCCGUCUGCUGGUGCUAGUGUUGUGUGCGGCUGUUGCUGCUCCUCUAACAUCUCUUAUCAAACUCCCACCUCUACUCGGCAUGUUGCUGACCGGCGUACUGCUGCGAACUGUUGGCUUCUACCAUGUGUCUGGCGUUUAUCACAAUAUCGUCGUCAAUCUUAGACAGACUGCUAUGACUGUGAUCCUACUCAAGGCAGGGCUAGGCCUGGACCCAGCUACCUUGGUCAGGCUAUCAUUGGUGGUGGUGAGAUUAGGCAUGUGCCCGUGUGUUGUAGAAGCGGUUACGAUCGCUGCAAUCUCUCACUUUCUACUCGGCUACCCGUGGCUGUGGGCGCUAGUAUUGGGGUUCCUGCUGUGUGCCAUCUCCCCCGCUGUGGUUGUCCCCACCCUGCUAGGUCUGAAAGAGAGAGGAUACGGAGAAGACAAAGGCAUUCCCACCCUGGUCCUGGCAGCUUGUAGUCUCGAUGACAUCACUGCCAUCUCUCUCUUCUCUCUUUUUCUCGGCAUGAUAUUCAGCACAGGUGACUUGACACAUCAGAUCCUCCAAGGUCCCACGGAUGUGAUCGUAGGACUUGUUGCUGGGAUUGUCUGGGGAAUCAUCUCUGGAAGCCUUCCUCACAGAGAUGAUGAGCUAGUGGUUUGGAAGCGCGCUGCCAUGGUAGGGGGUGGUGGUCUGUGUGCUAUCCUAGGUGCACCUCUAGCACAGUUUCCCAGCGCCGGGCCUCUAGCCUGUGUUACCAUGGCGUUUGUAGCCUCCGUGUGUUGGAAGACUCAGGGAUCUGUUGCUGGGAAGCCUCAAGUUGCAGACGUGUUCUCCGUUUUUUGGAGAGUGCUGGAGCCGAUGUUGUACGCGUUCAUUGGAGCGGAGAUUGACCUUACGGUUCUCAACUUAAACACUGUAUUGUGGGGCGCUGCUGUCAUAUCAGGAGCUCUUGUUGUGAGGGUGGUGGUAUGCUGCCUUGUGUUGUUGGGAGGGGGUCUCAACUGGAAAGAAAUACUGUUUGUGUCACUAGCAUGGCUUCCCAAGGCGACUGUACAGGCAGCGCUAGCUCCUCUGCCUCUAGACAUGGUACGGCAAAGCAGUGCUCCACUACUUGAGGACGUGGCUAGAGCCGAGGACAUCUUGACAGUUGCCGUGCUGUCCAUCCUCAUCACUUCACCUCUAGGAGCCAUCGGGGCAACUCUGGGUGGCCCUAGGCUGCUCAAGAGACAGACGUGAAGUGGACAUCACUUCAUGCAGAGUGUGCUGCUGUCAAAUGUUUUAUAUUGUUUUUGAUUUUGUGGUAGAUGAUGCGACAAGAUGUUUAAGUAUAUAGUAGGUUGCUCUUUUACCUUGACCUGGUAAACAGCUCGCAUAUUCAACAGAUAUCAACAACUGACAUAAAUACUUUCGCUUUAUUCAAGUUAUGUUUAUUCAAAAACUACAAUUUGUCUAUGUACAUCCAUAGACAAACCAACACAAGUAGACUUCUCAUCCCAUUGUAAAUGUUGAAACUUGUGUUUCGUUUCUAGUUCAUAUCCGGUGAAACUGAUUGCUAGUGUCAACAAAAUUUUAUUUCUAAUAUUUAAAGUUAAUUUCAGAUUUGUGCUUUACUGUUUGGUUAUAUAACUAGGGGAUUAGCCUCUACAGUACAACGGACAGAACUAACAAUAAAAUUGGCUUCAUCUGUUCCAUAAGGAUGAGAAAUCUACUAAGGGAGUAUGUUUUAUCUAUCGAACAUCUUUAACACUAUAAAGGGAUGUCUACUUCUAUAAUUAGUCAAAAGUCUACCAACCGUAAAUUAAGUGUGAUCUGUUCUAUAGAUCAUGUGUAACUCUCAGGUUUAUGAAGUAAUUAAUACAAAUGCGUCUGUUCAGUGAUUAUAUACAUUUGUUUAGAGUUAGCUUGAAUUUGUGCAA